AAUGGAUAUUUUUCGAAGCUACUCCUCGGACCCACUUACUGACUCAUCAUCAACGUCUGAUCAUAGCAGCUCUACUAAUCUUAUUGAAUAUUCGGCAGUUCUGUUGGCUUCAAACAACCCCAAGAAGCCAGCUCGGAGAAAGAAGUUUCAGGAAACUCGACAUCCAGUAUACAGAGGAGUGAGGAAGAGGAACUCAGGCAAGUGGGUUUGUGAAGUCAGAGAACCCAACAAAAACUCAAGGAUUUGGCUUGGCACUUACCCAACAGUAGAAAUGGCAGCAAGAGCUCAUGACGUGGCAGCUAUAGCAUUAAGGGGUCGUUCUGCUUGCUUGAACUUUGCUGACUCUGCUUGGAGGUUGCCUACCCCGGCUUCCUCUGACACCAAGGAUAUUCAAAAGGCGGCUGCAGAGGCCGCUGGAGCUUUUCGGCCACGAGAGUCAGAAAGAGCUUCAGGAGAAUCUUGGACUCCUGAAACACCACAGAGUAUGUCCUUCGUGGAUGAAGAAGAACUCUUCUACAUGCCGGAAUUACUUGCUGAUAUGGCUGAAGGACUAAUGCUACCUCCACCGCAAUAUGUAGAAAUCGAAGACCAUGCGGAAGUUGAUGCUGACAUGUCUUUAUGGAGCUAUUCUAGAUAAACAACUCUGGUUUUUAGUACUAUUCUUUGACAGUUCAUAUGCAAUGGAAAUUCUCAAUGUGAAGUUCCUUAAAUAAGGACUUAGGAGAUAUUCCUAGUUUCGCAUUCAAUAUUUGGAUGAUACGGAUGUAUGCAAGUUGUCAUUUUGAUAUUA